AGUCCAAAGCCCCUUGCCUUCUAUCCCUUUCACACACGCCUCUCCUUCCCUCUCUCUCUCUCUAUCUUCCUGCCUGAGGCAGCAGCCAUUUCCGCUUCCGAUCGUGGAGGCUUGGUGUGGAAGGAGGAAAGGAGGCCAGCUGCUGGUUUUCGGUGCGGCGGAGAUGUCUGAGGUGUCGGUGAUAAACCAGGCGGAGGUGGAGGAUGCGGGUGCCGGGCAGCUGGACCUGCCGCCGGGGUUCCGCUUCCACCCCACCGACGAGGAGAUCAUCUCGCACUACCUCGCCCAUAAGGCCCUCAACCACCGCUUCGUCUCCGGUGUCAUCGGCGAGGUCGACCUCAACAAGUGCGAGCCAUGGGACCUGCCAGGCAGGGCCAAGAUGGGGGAGAAGGAGUGGUACUUCUUCUGCCACAAGGAUCGCAAGUACCCGACGGGCACGCGGACCAACCGCGCCACGGAGACCGGCUACUGGAAGGCCACCGGCAAGGACAAGGAGAUCUUCAGGGGCCGCGGCGUCCUCGUGGGCAUGAAGAAGACGCUCGUCUUCUACCGCGGCCGCGCGCCGCGCGGGGAGAAGACCGGCUGGGUCAUGCACGAGUUCCGCCUCGAGGGCAAGCUUCCCGAGCGGCUCCCGCGCUCCGCCAAGGACGAGUGGGCCGUGUGCAAGGUGUUCAACAAGGAGCUGGCGGCGAGGACCGAGCCAAUAAUGGCGGCGGCCGGCGCGGGCGAGCUCGAGCGCGUCGGCUCGCUGGGCUUCCUCAGCGAGCUCCUCGACUCCGCCGAGCUGCCGGCCCUCAUCGGCGCCGACGUCGACGAGGUGAUCGACUUCAACGGCCCCGCGUCCACCUCCGGCGCGCCGGGCACGAGCCACAGCCACCUCCCGGUCAAGAUGGAGGAGCACGCGCUGCUGCACAUGCAGUACCAGCCGCCGCCGCCCCCGACGUCCUACUACUCGAGCCAGUACUUCUCUCUGCCGGCGAUGAACUCCGGCGACGUCCUUCCCCCGGCGAUCCGGAGGUACUGCAAGGCGGAGCAGCAGGUGGUGUCGGGGCAGACGGCGGCGUCGGAGGUCAGCCCGUCCCGCGAGACCGGGCUGAGCGCCGACCCCAACGCGGAGAUCUCGUCGGCGGUGACCCCGUCGUCGUCGCACCAGUUCCUGCCCGAGUUCGACGACCCGGUCCUGAACCUCGCGGACCUCUGGAAGUACUGAAGCCUUCCCCUGGACGGCUGGACGACGAUCGAUCGGUGGAUCGGGGCGCCCGCCCACCCGCCUCGAUCCCAUGGUUUGGUUGGUUAAUUGCUUGAUGAUUCGAUUGAUUAUCUUGGCCUGUUGUGGGAUUUGGGGUUAGUGACGGACCGUGACGCGUCCUCCGCCUCUACUGACCUCGGGGUCUGACUAGAUUAUUGCCCGUGCAGACCGGCAGGGGAUUAGGGCCCCCCUCCUUGUUAAUGAAUCCGCCCCCAUCCUAGGUUCCUUGUCUUGGUCACUGUACAUAGCGCCCUACUCUGAUUGUGUCAGUAGCAGUAGCAUGAUUAUUGAUAGGAUUAAUGAAAUGGGGGGUAGAUUAGCGUCAGCAGUGCGUUAUUACAGGGCAAAGUCUACGGAUUGAUUAGUGAAUUUGGGCGCUUGAUGAGCCAGCUAGCGCCAGCUUCAUAUGCACAUGUACUACUAUUGAUUGCUGGUCGAGCUCGACAUAGCAUUAUGUGAAAAUUUGAUGCUUCAGUUAA